GUCCCGAGCCCGCCUGAAGCUGCUAGGCUGAAGCUGCUGUCCCGGCGGGAUCUGAGGAGCGGAGCGGCCCCUCUGCUGCGUCUGCCCUCGUUUUCUCUCACGACUCACACUCGGUGCUCCAUCCCCCAAGAGUCCGCGUUCCCCGCACGGCGGUCGAGAGGCGGCUGGCCGCGGUCCCGCGCGGGCCCGGGGCGAUGGCGGCACGGGGGUCUGGGCCCCGCGCGCUCCGCCUGCUGCUCUUGGUCCAGCUGGUCGCGGGGUGCUGCGGUCUGGCGGGCGCGGCGGGCGGCGCGCAGGGAGGAUUAUCUGAACCUUCUUCUAUUGCAAAACAUGAAGAUAGUUUGCUUAAGGAUUUAUUUCAAGACUACGAAAGAUGGGUUCGUCCUGUGGAACACCUGAAUGACAAAAUAAAAAUAAAGUUUGGACUUGCAAUAUCUCAAUUGGUGGAUGUGGAUGAGAAAAAUCAGUUAAUGACAACGAACGUCUGGUUGAAACAGGAAUGGAUAGAUGUAAAAUUAAGAUGGAACCCUGAUGACUAUGGUGGAAUAAAAGUUAUACGUGUUCCUUCAGACUCUGUCUGGACACCAGAUAUCGUUUUGUUUGAUAAUGCAGAUGGACGUUUUGAAGGGACCAGUACGAAAACAGUCGUCAGGUACAAUGGCACUGUCACCUGGACUCCACCAGCAAACUACAAAAGUUCCUGUACCAUAGAUGUCACGUUUUUCCCAUUUGACCUGCAGAACUGUUCCAUGAAAUUUGGUUCUUGGACUUACGAUGGAUCACAGGUUGAUAUAAUUCUAGAGGACCAAGAUGUAGACAAGAGAGAUUUUUUUGAUAAUGGAGAAUGGGAAAUUGUGAGUGCAACGGGGAGCAAAGGAAACAGAACCGACAGCUGUUGCUGGUAUCCAUAUGUCACUUACUCAUUUGUAAUCAAGCGCCUGCCUCUCUUUUAUACCUUGUUCCUUAUAAUACCCUGUAUUGGGCUAUCAUUUUUAACUGUACUUGUCUUCUAUCUUCCUUCAAAUGAAGGUGAAAAGAUUUGUCUCUGCACUUCAGUACUUGUGUCUUUGACUGUCUUCCUUCUGGUUAUUGAAGAGAUCAUACCCUCGUCUUCAAAAGUCAUACCUCUGAUUGGAGAGUAUCUGGUAUUUACUAUGAUUUUUGUGACACUGUCAAUUAUGGUAACCGUCUUCGCUAUCAACAUUCAUCAUCGUUCUUCCUCAACACAUAAUGCCAUGGCGCCUUGGGUCCGCAAGAUAUUUCUUCACAAGCUUCCCAAACUGCUUUGCAUGAGAAGUCAUGUAGAUAGGUACUUCACUCAGAAGGAGGAAACUGAGAGUGGUAGUGGACCAGAAUCUUCUAGAAACACAUUGGAAACUGCGCUCGAUUCUAUUCGCUACAUUACAAGACACAUCAUGAAGGAAAAUGAUGUCCGUGAGGUUGUUGAAGAUUGGAAAUUCAUAGCCCAGGUUCUUGAUCGGAUGUUUCUGUGGACUUUUCUUUUCGUUUCAAUUGUUGGAUCUCUUGGGCUUUUUGUUCCUGUUAUUUAUAAAUGGGCAAAUAUAUUGAUACCAGUUCAUAUUGGGAAUGCAAAUAAGUGAAGCCUCCCAAGGGACCGAAGUAUACCUUUAGUUAACACACAUACAUCUUAUGGCACUUAAAAAAUUAUGAAAAUGUAAGUUAUGUGUUAAAUUUGGUGCAAGCUUUAACAGACUAACAGUUGCUAACCUCAACUUAUGUUAACAGAUGAUCCAUUUGAACAGUUGGCUGUAUGACUGAAGUAGUAACUGAUGAGAUAACAUUUGAUCCUCUAAAGAUAGCAGCAAAAUAUUAUCUGAACUGUACUAGUGAAAAAUCUAGUAUUUGUAUCCUGGCAAAUAAUACUAAUUUAUAAUCCACAGUAAAGUUCAUCCUUUGUGCUAGAGAAUUCCAGUUGUAUUUGAAGACUGAUUUUAAAACUUUUCUGCAUCUGGUAAAGGUAUAUAAACUUUCCUGUACUCACUGAGUAACAGCUAAUCUUUAAUAUAUAUACUGCUAUAUUUAAAAAGCUGACUACUUGAUAUAAUUACUUAAUGUGAUGCUUGAUAUAAUAAUUACUUAAUGUGGCCGGGCACGGUGGCUCACACCUGUAAUCCCAGCAGUUUGGGAGGCCAAGGCAGGCGGAUCACCUGAGGUCGGGAGUUCAAGACCAGCCUGACCAACAUGGAGAAACCCCGUCUCUAUUAAAAAUACAGAAUUAGCCUGGGUGGUGGUGCACACCUGUAAUCCCAGCUAUUUGGGAGGCUGAGGCAGGGGAAUCGCUUGAACCCGGGUGGUGGUUGCGGUGAGCUGAGAUCACGCCAUUGCACUCCAGCCUGGGCAACAAGAGCGAAACUCUGUCUCAAAUAAUGAAAACAACAACAACAACAACUUAAUGUGAUGCUGCUUUUUCAUAACCAACGUUUUUAAAAUAAAUGAAAAAUAGGAAUUGGGAA